CCUUCAAACCAAACUGCGACGUUGCUUAGCCUCAGUUCAUACUGUUCUACUGUUGCUGCAACCGGACACGUCAGUGAAGUUCUUCUCUACGGACAUCGACAUUCUCGCACCCAGGAAGAUGCGCGUCCAUCUGCUUGCCGUAUCGGUGCUGCUCGUGGUUCUGGCACUGCAGACCACUCCGGCCCAGGCGGACAUCAACUCGGAAAUGGCGACAUGCGCCUGCCAGCUCAUCUACCGCCCAGUCUGUGCUAGUAACAACGAGUCGUACUCCAACGAAUGUGUGUUAAAGUGUGCCAGUGAAACACCCACCGGCCGUUCGAUCGGGCUGCACAAAGUGAAGGAUGGCAAUUGCAAUGGAGAGUUCUAAAUGAAGCCUCACGUGGCAUUAAGAGUGCUUUCAUACCACCCGAUGUAAAACCGAUCUAAUAAAUGCAGUUUCUUUGAUUAUUGCUUCAUACAAA